GAAAACUGUGAAAACUGUGAAAAUUGUGGAAAAUAGUGAAAAGUGUUGUCUCAAUGGCGAUGUCGAAUUUAAAAAGGACGCAUUGGAUGCGCUCUGUGGUCGUGUUUUUAUGUGCAUUAUCGUUGGUCUCGGGCAAGGUGCGAACUUCCUCGUACUCAAAUAGUUGGCGCGAUCUGCUUUUUGGCAGCAAGUGGCUGUCGGUGGCGCCACGCGAGUCCAGGUUUCUGCCCAUUUUUACGGUGGUGCCUGUGGGUGCGAGUGGCUGUGCAGCACCCUCUGGCGAGCAGGGCAACUGCAUGCCCAGCAAGGAUUGCCUGCUCCGUAGUGGCAUACCAGGAGGCCCUUGUGGCGGUGGUGGUUAUGGCGUCUGUUGCAUUUUUCUGCAGACCUGUGGGGGAAUUAUACGUGAGAACUCCACCUACUUUGUGAAUCCCAAUCAUCCGGAUGUGUACGAUGGCACGGGCAGUUGUCAGGUGACUGUGCAGAAGCUACAUCCGGAUAUUUGUCAAUUGCGUUUGGAUCUGGAUAUGUUCUCUAUAGCACCGCCAGAUCCAGCCAAUCAUUUGUGCAAUCAGGAUCAGCUCUUGGUCUCUGGAGGCAGUCCCACGCCUACCAUAUGCGGCAGCUCGACGGGCGACCACAUGUACGUGGAUGCGGGCCUAGGACAAAGCAAUCCCAUUGUGCUCUCAGUGAUAACCAGUGGCACCUUUCCACGUCUGUGGCGCGUACGUGUGACGCAGAUACAUUGUGGCAGCAUCAGUCGCGCCGAUCAGGGCUGCCUGCAGUAUUACACGGCCAUUAGUGGACGCGUCCGCAGCUUCAACUUCAAUUCGGUGAGCGGACGGCAGUUAUCCAACCAGGACUAUAGCAUAUGCAUUCGCAAUGAGCGCAACUUCUGCGGCAUUCAGUACAAUGCCUGUGCGGAUAUGGAGAAUAAUCGUUCGAGAUCCUUUACCAUUUCGGGAAAUUCGAAUAAUCCUGUGGGCACGAUGGUCGGAGGGGGUGGAGGUAGCUUUGCAUCCAGUCCGAAUGCCUGCACCAAUGAUUGGCUGAUGAUGGGCUGCAUACGUUCAGCGGAUCGCAUACCGCCAUUGCCGGGCUGUGAGGAUCGCGUGUGUGGCGGCACUUUUAGCGCCGAGGCGGGCAUGUUGGCCAAAACAGUGCAGUCGAGCGUAAGACCCUUCCGUCUAUAUUUUCACACCGAUGGCGUGGAGGCGCCCAAUGAUAUUGAUAAUCGCGGUUUUUGUUUGGAUUAUGUGCAGCAGCCAUGCACGAAUGGGUUUUAAUAGAAGCGGCCUAAAAGUAUGCUACAGCUUUUAGGAGAGCUAAAAACGCGCAGAAAGCGGUAAGAAAACGCGCCGAAAGCGCAUGAAAAUAAGAAUUACGCGCGCUUUAAUAAAUAUGUAUGGUAUUUUUAUUUAUUUGUAGUUAAUUUAUGCCUAAUUUACAUAAUUUAAGUGUAGGUAUACUUUAUAAUAUAGGAUCCAUAAUUUAUAAUAUGAAAUAAAAA